GGAGGCGUGACAGCAGCAGCAGAGCGCGAUCCGUCAGAGAAAAAACAUCCACAAGUCUUAACUUCGGUUUAUUUGCCAGCUGGCCGCCGGGCAUUCAGGAUAUAAGGCCAAUAAAAAACGAGGGAGUCACCAGCGGGAAAACAUCCCAUGUGAGGAAAACAAGCCCUGGUUUGACUCGGGGUAUAACUCCGCCUAUUGAUCAAAGACCAUCCUCCACCCUUUUGUCUUUUCUCCACUUUGUUAACUUCACUAAAAGCCUCGAGGAUUCAGGGCCAGCUGGGCCAAAUCUUUUAAGCAUGCCUCCGUUUUCCAUUUGGUGGGAUUUUUACGCACUAGAGCUGAACCGCAACAAAAAGCCGAUUGGAGAUAUUUGACCCCCUCUUUAUUAUCAAUAUAAUUGGACUUUCAUGGAUUAUAUGUGGAGAUUAUUUACCAAAACAGAAAGGUUUGGAGCCAUAUCAGUGCUUCUUAGCAUCGCCAGAGGAUGAGCCGCGAAUCGAUACAGACCCUCGCAGACCCGGGAUUUCGAAGCAAGAUGCCCUUAUUUGAUGGAACAGUAGCAUCCAGCGGACUGUCAAAACCGCAAGCCAUGCCCGGUCUCCUGGGUAGGCAGAGUCUGCAGUACAAUGGAGCCUAUUUUACUUAUGAACCCAGAAUUAAAGGAAGGGAUGGAUUCACCCCUCCUUGGAGCCACCCGAAGACGUCUCCAAUAGAUGACAGAAGUCCCGUGAGUCACCUGAGUCACCUAUCAGGAAUGCUACAAAACCACAUGGCACACAGGAAGGACAGCAUUUCUUCAGAGGGAGAUCAUCACAGCCCUGUAAAGAAGGGUUUUACAGUCUACACCAAAAGUCCUGAGACGAACAGUCCAAAAGCUGUUUCUUCUGUGGGUUUUAGAAAAACCAAAUCAGGAGGCGAGAACCCCCUCUCACCAUCGCAAAGCUCUGUUUACCUGGCGAUUCCUAAGCCAGUUUAUGGACUCGGCCCCUGCUGUAAUGAACUGGGCUGUGUUAUAGGACACAGAUAUGGUAUAGAGCACAUCUCUCCUAGGAUACCAAACACUGUUCAUGAACAUGAUUGGAUGCAAGCCAAUGGACAUUACCUUGAAAAGCUACCUAUUCAGAGAAAACAGGCACUGCUUCAGCAGAAAGACUUGCAGUUCGAGUGCAGUACAGAACAGCUGAAGAAGGUGACAAUGGAGGGAUACAGUCCAAGCAGGGUCAGAACUCUGCCCUCUGUGAUAGAGCCAAGCUACAGUAGUUAUCCCUGCCCCUCAAGCCGUGCACUGUUUGGUUCUUUCAGACAGCCUGGUAGUCAGCCCUUGCAGACCUCCCCCACAGGCUACCCCAGCCUAUACGCCCCCCGUCCCACAUAUGAGAAUAUGACCUCAGAGGUUUAUCAGGAAUGCUCUCCCUUGUCCAAAUAUGGCCAGCUAACACAGCACCCUGGGUUUUACUACUCCCAGACUAACGGGGAGGUGGAAAACAGGACGCAGAGGAAAGAGAGUGGUAGUAAACAGGCAGAAGAUGGACCUCUCCUUUAUAAGCAUUCGAUCUCAACCCCCCGAGAGCAUUACGUAGUGUCUCGGCCACAUCGCUCUGAUAUUCCUCUGUCUUGCCCUGAAAGGUUGCCAAAUCAUACUUUUUUGCAGGGUUAUGAAUAUCCGUGUUACACAGUUCCAAGAUUUCACUUUAAUCCAAGCCAAAUCAGAGCCCCUUCAAAAAGGCAAAACUCCUUAUCUUCAUAUCACCCGAGUCGUAUAAAUGCGUCCUCGUCCAGCCAACACAUUGAUCACCCUACACUCAAAGAGAAACCCAAAACCACCGAACAGAUUGACCAGCUACACUGUUCAUCAUUCAUACAGGUGAACAAAAGCAGUCCUGCCAGACACAUGAACCCGGCUCCCGUCUCGCCAUCCAGCGUUCAAAUUGGCCGGUUUUUCCAACCAUUUACCAGCCUUUACAUAGAACCACCAGCUCAAACGCGACCUGCAGUUAACAUGGACAGAAACUGGGACCAUUCCCCUAUUGAAGCCCCAGAGAAACAGCAAAAAAGUCUUCCCGUCUCCCCAGCAUGGCCGACCCCAUCACCCAACCACUGCUCUGUCAGAAACCAUGCAGCUGUGCCUAAUAAUGUCAGAAAAAUUAUCUACUCCCCCACCGUCGCAACAGGAAGCAGGCACAAUGGGCCAGUGUCUGAUGCAGGAAGCAGUGACAAUAAAAAGUGCCUAAAGAGGAGUGUUUCUCACUCAUCUCUUCCUUCCAAAGUAGAAGAUGAGGAUGUGUAUGAGGUGGAAUGUACCAACAACAAACGACAAAAGGUGGAAACGGAGAAAGCCACGGCAAAUGGUAAAACUGAUUCGCCUCCUAUGCCAGUUAUUGACACUGUGUUCAGCUUGGCACCUUACCAGCUGCACCUGCAGCAAUCAGGAGUUUUGUUUCCAGGAAGGGAGCAGCAGAAACCCAACCAGACUUCUGAGAAACACAACGACAAACUCAAGCCAAACACCAAAGAGAAGAGGUUGGAUCAAAAUGAUCAGGAAUCUGUUAUCCGCCUCAAAUCUAAAAGCUCCAUGAAAACCUCAGCCAAUGCAUCUUCUGUAGAAGCUCCACAGAUUAAAGUGGAAAAAGUCGAUUCUCCUGGUGUAAAUAACUCUACAGAAAACCAAAGAGAAGCAAUGAAGAAAGAGCCGAAGGUGACUCAGUCACCCGACAGAUUGCCUGUGGCUUUGAAAGAGAAAUGCGAAUCUAAUGAAGUGGAAAAACAAAAUUCAUUUGCAAGUGAAAAUAUAUCAUCAGAUAAAUUGAAACCUGUUGAGGUGACUGAACAAAUAAACCAAAAUCAUCAGGAUGAGACAUUAAGAAACCGCCUGGUUACAUUUCAACCAAAUCCCAGUCCUGUGCCGCCUCCAGGGAAAGUCAGCUUUAAAAGCAUUCCUCCUCAUUGUCUUAAACUUUCCACCUACAAUAUCAUUCUUCCUGAUGGUAAGCACUGCAAGACUGCCCAACAUGCAGAGCAGAAUCCACUCCCGCAGCCCACAGCCGCACUCACAACCAAACAGAAGCUCCAAACUCCAGUACGAAAGCACUUCUUAGAGCUGCACCAGUCCCUCUGCAACUUAAUAUCUAAAUCAGUGUCUGCCUUUUCAGAGCAAGACCUUAAAAAAUGGCUGUCUCAGCUGGAAAUAUCUGAGCCUUUAUCUCAGUCAUGCAAGGACCAAAUAGUGCCGUGUCUGUUGGGCGCGAAACCAAGAGAGGCCUGGAUCAAUGAGGAGAUCAGAACAGCACUCAAAGAGGUCCUGGAGAGGCUGAGGGAAUACACGGUUCAGAAACACUGUCCCUUUCCGUACGUAAUGCGGACAGGCGCCGUGUUUCUCCCGAUGCUGGUGGUCAAGGAGCUGCUGUUUCCCACAGUCCAAGGCAGCUUCGUUGACAAAGUGCUGCAGGAGCACAAGGUGGAGCUGCGGCCCACCACGCUGUCUGAAGAGAAGAUCCUGAUCCAGCUUCAUAAGCGAGCCUGCUCUUCCAAGCUCAGAAGGCUGAUGUCAAUAAAACACCUGCCGGACAUUUACACCGAGGCCGUCAACCUGCUCUACUACACAUAUGUGUGCAAACAUCUGGGACUAAAUGUGGACCCUUUUUAUAAAGAACAAGAUGCGGGACAUCAAGUGUCAAACAGCGACACUCCUGAUCCUAAUGACGGCCCUGCCUCCCCAGCCUCUCUGUCAGAGCCACACCAUAAGAGAUGCAUGAAGGAAGAGGAAAACGAACCACCUCCUUGCAAGAAUAAAACCAAAAGCUCAUUAAAGAGUGGUUUGAAGGAUACGUUUCUGGACAAAAGCUUGUCCGAUAUAAACCAGGCAAAUGAUGCAGAGCAGGCGGUUGUUGAAGGUGAUCUAAAAUCACCUAUAAAUAAAACUCCUGAAGUCAAUCAGACAAAGAAUACAGAAUCGGAUAACAAUGCUGCAGAGGAGGAUUCUUCUGAGGCAGCACAAAGCAUAUCGGGUGAGGACUCUUGGACAUGUCCGUUAACAUCGGAAGAGCUGUCUCAAAGCGAUGCUGAAACUGAGGGAUCCUCAAGUCUGCUGCCCGACAAUCCACCUUCAGAGCGCCUGGUCCAAUCCAAGAACUGCUCAGGCAUGAUUCUUAAGCUGAGGAAGAUGCUCAGUGUGGGCCUGAAGAGAAAAAGGGCUUGCUAUGAAGCCGUGUCACAGUCAGAGAUGGGUGGCGAGUCUUCGCCAUCACAACCUGAGGUUGGAGAGGGCGCAAGCAGUGAGAGAGACCAACAAAGGAUGCCUAAAGCGCUACGCAGGUGGAAGGGAAAAGAACGCUUCCGUCAUCCUGGUAGGCCCCCCAGCAGCUCCUCUAAAACUAAACAAAGGUCUCUGCUAAAGAUCAAAUACUGCCCCUACUUGUCCGCUUGCCACAGCACGGAGCAUAGAAGGCGCUGGGUCCUGCGCUCAGCUGUCCAGACUGCUAGGAGGGCCAUGAGGUUCUACUAUCCUGAUUUGGUGGGGAAAAGAAUCCGACACCUUUAUGAGGAAGAUGAUAAAUCAGAGGUGUGGUACAGAGGAGAGGUGCUUCGCAUCCAUGAAGCUCAUACCAACCCUCUGAAAACCAUAUUUGAGGUGAAGUAUGACAGCGAGCCAGAGUGGAAAUACUACCUGGAACUGAUGAUGGACUACAAGAAGGGCUGGCUUAAAAUAGAAGACUAGACGUUCCUCAGGUUUUACUUUUGACAGGUUGUUGUCAGAAGAGAUCAACAAUGAAGCUGAUGUGGAUGUUUUAUUAUUUUCUUUAUUGAACCUCAGAUGUAAAUGACAAGACUUUGUCUUUGACAUGCAGUGGCUUUGAGUUUUACUCUGAAAAUACAAUUUGAAAUAUGUUUGACCACGAUGUAUAUUUUAACUUCUCAUUUCAUACAAAAAAGUAAACAAAUUUCAAACAGUGCCACAUGUAUGCAUGUGUAUGUUUACAGUACUUAAUUUGAAGUCAUUUGUUUUUAG